CACCUCCCGCGGCUGCGCACAGCGCCCUGCCCGCCUCCAAAAUGGCGGCGGCAGCGCCGGGGGAGCCCCCGCCCCGUGUCCCCGCCGUACGCUGAGAGCGGGCGGAGGCCGCGGGAACGCCGCAACAUGGCGGCGUCUGGCAGCGGCGGGAGCCGGGCGGAUAACGGCUACAGCAGCCAGCAGCCGCGGCGGAGGAAGGGCCCGGGCGCGCUGGCCACGGCUUACCUCGUUAUCUACAACGUGGUGAUGACGGCGGGAUGGCUUGUUAUUGCGGUUGGUCUAGUUCGAGCAUACCUGGCUAAAGGUAGCUACCAUAGCCUUUACUAUUCAAUAGAGAAGCCCCUGAAGUUCUUCCAAACUGGAGCUUUGCUUGAGAUUCUGCACUGUGCAUUUGGCAUUGUUCCCUCUUCUGUUGUUCUGACUGCUUUCCAAGUGAUGUCAAGGGUUUUCCUGACGUGGGCAGUAACGCAUAGUGUGAAAGAGGUACAAAGUGAAGAUAGUGUCCUGUUGUUUGUAGUGGCCUGGACAGUCACUGAGAUAAUCCGUUAUUCUUUUUAUACGUUUAGCUUGUUAAACCAUCUCCCUUAUCUCAUCAAAUGGGCCAGGUACACUUUGUUUAUAGUAUUGUAUCCAAUGGGAGUCUCAGGUGAAUUACUCACAAUAUAUGCUGCAUUACCCUUCGUCAGACAGUCUGGCUUGUAUUCCAUUAGUUUACCUAACAAGUACAAUUUUUCUUUUGACUACUAUACAUUCCUGAUCCUGGUUAUGAUCUCUUACAUUCCAAUCUUUCCUCAGCUGUAUUUUCAUAUGCUACAUCAGAGGCGAAAGGUACUCUCCCACACUGAAGAACACAAGAAGUCAGAGUAAUUCCAACUGUUUUUCAGAACUUUUCAAACAUCAAAAUGCUGCAGAUUUUCAAUACCCAGCACAUUUAUAAAGAAUAUUCCAAGAUAAGUCAGAGGUAAAAGACAAAUAAUUUAGCAAGAAUAGCCAGUAAUUCUGAUUUCACUGAAAUUCCACAAUGUAAAACAUGGAAAUAAUUUUCAGCUUGAAGUGCUUCAGAAAACUUUUAAACUUUAUAUGGCUCAGCAGUUAGCCUUUUCCUUUUCCUUAAAUGAUGUGCUAAAUGGUUUUCAUUUAUUACUAAAUGCCUGAAGGUUACAGUAUGAGUGAUGAAGUUGUACCCACUAAAUGCUUGAAUUGGGAUUAUAUUACUGAUACCUCUUUGUUUUUUUAAUGCUUGACUGCAUGCUGGAAACUGUAUGCAUUGCUCUGAAAGCAAACAGUAUGCUCUGGAAUACUUUAGGAUUUUGUCAGACUUCAGUGGAGAAUGUAAUCUGGGCAAAGUGGUGAAUUUAGAAAGGUAGGUUGUAUAUUUAAAAGGUGAUGGGAACAAGAACAGGAAACCAAUUAUGGGAAAUGAGGGGAAUGUGGUUCUUUAGGAAUUUAAACAGUAGGGUAUCUGACCAGAGUGUGUUCUCUGAAGAUCUUGUUUAAGCUGAUUACUCAAAUGCUAAUGUUAACUCAGAGGCUUUAAUGCUUAUCUGAAACAUUAAAACUCCUCUAAGUACUGCAUCCCUGGAUACUUUUUAAAAAUAUUUUAAGAAAAUUAAUACUAACUGUAAUAUUUCUAGUGAUAUCAGUAAUGAAUCUAAACAAUAUAAGGAGGCAGGUCACCCAGAAAUGGGUGCAGUUCUCCCUUUUUUACUUUAUCAUCUCUAAUCACUGUCCACUAUCUCUGUGGUACUCAUCUUUGAGUGUUGAGGACUGUUUGUUCUACUGUGGAAUCAUCUGAGGGCCUUGUUCCUCAACCUGACUUUUCUGAAGUGACUAAUGUGUAUCACUGGUACAUCCAAGCAGGCAGUUCCAGGCACUUAGCUUCUGAAAUGUUGCAAAGUCAUAAAUUCCUUCUUUGAAAGCAGAUUAUUUCAUGUGUUACAUGCUGCUUUUGCAGAUUGGACAAGCCUUCCCUCAUCUGCUCUUCUGAAAGAGCAGAAAACCAUAGAAAGUUAAAUUUCACAUAAACAGCAAGGUGCUUUCUCUGGGUUCUCAGGCUAAGCCUUCCCUUGGGAAGGUAAAAUAGAAAAAGAAAGAACUGGGAAAACCUUGUGGCAAAGCAGAAAGCGCUAAUGAUAUGUGAGCAGUGCCCCAGAUUAUGAACAAACUGUUGACUGGGGGCAGAGAGUGGGGAAUUUAAGGGACAAUGGAGCAGGGAAAUGAACAGAUAUCCAAGUAAAGGCAAAAGGAAAUGUAGGUUGUGGCCUUUGCUCUGUUAGGAAUUGAUAGUCGAAUAGUCCUAUCUUCACCCAGUCAGAGCCACUAGACAACACCACAAGGAUUUCUCUGGCUUCCCUCUUGUAACAUCGUGAUUUAGUGCAUAAAUGAGGUGUGACCACUACCAUGGUACCUGCAAUACUGGUUUUGUGCUGUGCCUGCCAGCACCUCCCCCUGGACGUGGCCCAUAUCUGUGUCCCAGUUACUUGUGCUUGAUGUAUCGCAGCUCUCCCUAACCUAGUCAAACAUAGUAAGUACUAAGGGCACGGGCUCUUUGUUCUAGCAUUUGGGGUGAGCUGGAUUUACAGUUAUUUACAAUUAUUUUGGUUUAUGUUUGUCACAGCUAUAUUGAAAACAAACAAACAAAAAAAGAACAACAAAAAACCAAAAAAACGAAUCUUUGCUUUAUUCAGUAAUUUCCUUUGGCUUCAUCAAAAAGUCUGAAUUUUCCUAGCGCUCGGUAACAUGUAUAACACCUUUCCUGUUCAACACAAACAGGACUAUUGUAAGCAGGGAGAGGGUAAGAGGGUAUGAUCUUUGCUUCUAUUUUAAACCUUUUGGAGACAAUUAUUUGCUGUAAUCAAAAAUGCUAUUGCCAUAUACAGCCUCAAAGUGGUUUUGCAUUCAAAGGUGCAACAAUUUCAAUUCAUUUCUCCAUUAGGUUGUGUGGUGCUUUGUUGUAGUGAUCUGAGGAAUGUUGCAUUAUACUGAACUCAUUGUUCAAAAGUGUAGACUUCCACCUCUGAACAAAACAUCUCCUUUUGCUUAUACCUGUUAUCAAAGGAGUUAGUGUCAGUAUGUCUGAAGGAUGUUAUCUAAAAGAUCUGAUUUCUUAAUGUGCUUAGGUUACUGGAUAUUGUCAAUGCUCAGCUCCUGAACUUUUCUUGAUUUGAUUUCUGUGCCCAAAUAAAAGAUUUGAUUUCAAAUUUGUUGGUCCAAUUUGGAUAAAAAAAUGUCUAAUAUUCCUGUAUGAAACAAACUCAUAGUUCUGUUGAUGAGAAAGAUGUAGUACAGAUCUGUAUUAAAUAGCAUUGACACUACAGAAAAGCAGAGAGAGCUGCUAGUAGGGAGAAAGCUUGUACAAUCAGAGUGUUUUCUGGAUGUGCGUUAUUAUGGAAUAUUUACUUUAAUUGAAAAUAUUAAUUUACCACAAGUGCAAAUAAACUACAGCCUUUUAAAAGAAAACAGAGUUACUUUUCAUUUUAAAAGAAAAAGAAAUUGCUUAGUAAGAAAUCUUAUCAAUAAAGUUGACUUUAAAAUUAUAUUCUGAAGUAUGAACAUUCGGUUAGUAUGUACAAGAAUUCCAGCACUUCAGCUUGCAGUGCCUUUUCAAGUUUAGCUUCCAUGGCAAUCACUGGAAGGUGAUCUUGAGUAAGAACUGUAGUUCAGUGCCCUAACACUGUUUGGGUUUUUCUCUAAUACUGACUUUGGUCACACAUAUGGGUGUUUUCCUCCUCAUAAAAUAUGAACAAGUUUCCCCUCAUCUGUCACUGAAAUUGUAAUGUGGUUUAUGUGAAGAUUAUAAUAGAAGCUUUGAUUAGUGUUCUUUGUCACAAAUCUAGAGGGUUUUUUUUACCUACAGACUAUUUACUUGGCUUGCAUGUUUUCAGUCAGCAUCACCAAACUUCUGCAGCAGACAUGUUUUCUGCUUUGGUAAUCUUUGUGUUGUAUGCACUGGUUCAGUCAACAAUACUUUACAUUCUACUGUGCUGGCUUUGUCCAAGUCAGUUAUUACCCUCUAAAAGACCAAGGUUCUUACCAAUGUAUAGUUUACAACUGGAACUGUAGAAAUAUUCAUAUUGUUAAUUUCAGUAAGAUGCAGGUUACAGUGCAGGUAAAUUGUAAUUUUUUACAAUGUGAUGUUUCUAUCAAAAGUUUGUUAUUUUCUUUAUUACAUAUCAGUAGAAGGGUUGGCAUUUGUGUGGACCAAUCUGCAGUGUCAUUUUAAAACCUAUUUUUCUGCUUACAAAUUUCAUGAGUAUACAUCAGAUCAUACAUUUUUAUGUAUAUUUACAUCAGUGAAAUUUGAGUGAAAACUAUAAAGUCAUUUUUGUAUUUUUUUCUAUGUUGUGAAGAAUAAAAUUGUAAUUUUAUAAGUCUGAUUCACUAAGAUUAUUAUAAGUUAGAUGUAUUUUUUGUAUAUUUAGGAAUCUGGUAUUACUUGGAGCUCUGAAAGAUUAAAGAUAGACUUUUUAUGCAUGGUUGGAAGAUAUUUCUACUUGAUAAUGCAGUGAAAUGGUUGUAUGCUAAAAUAUUAGUCUGUGUUGUUACCUUGUGAAAUUGAUUCUGUGCUCUCUGCCUGGAUUUGGCCUACUGAUCAGUGAUACUAAUUGCUAUAAUCCAAAUAAAAUAAUUCUGAACAAAA